AUGGGAGAAACCCAUGAAGGAAUCUGUGGAGCACAUCAAGGUGGGAGAAAAAUGUGCCGGUUAAUUAGAAGAUAUGGCUACUUCUGGCCAACCAUGAUGAAAGAUUGCAUUAACUAUUCCAAGGGGUGUGAAUCUUGUCAAAGACACGGCCCAAUCCAGCAGGCUCCUUCAAUUCCCAUGAAUCCAGUGGUAAAACCAUGGCCCUUUAGAGGAUGGGCAAUGGAUCUCAUUGGCAAGAUCUAUCCAACCAGCACCCAGCAGCACUGCUUUAUCAUUGUUGCCACAGACUAUUUCACUAAGUGGGUAGAAGCCAAGCCUAUUAAAACCACUACAGCUCAAGAGAUCAUCAUUUUCAUAGAAGAACAGAUUAUACAAAGAUUUGGCAUCCCAAAAUCAAUCACAACUGAUAGAGGAUCUUCUUUCAUAUCCGGAGAAAUGCUGGACAUGGCAAAGGCAUUCAAAUUCAGACUGCUCCAGCCCAUUCCUUAUUAUGCCCAAGCCAAUGGGCAGGCGGAAUCAACCAACAAAGUGGUCAUCAACAUUAUCAGAAAAAUGCUUGAGAAGAAUCCAAAACAGUGGCAUGAGAAGUUGUCAGAAACUCUGUGGGCAUAUAGAACUUCAAAAAGAGAAGCAACUGGCAUGACUCCCUAUGCAUUAACCUACGGUCAUGAUGCAAUUCUGCCUAUGGAGAUAGCUGUUCAGUCCCUCAGAAUUGCUCAACAACAUAACUUAGUAGGAGAAAACUACUCCCAAGCCAUGCUGCUGGAACUAGAAGGAUUGGAUGCAAGCAGAAUUGACACUCUCAACAAACUCCUGGCAGGAAAGCAAGCUGUAUCAAGGGCUUACAACAAAAGAGUCAAGAACAAGAGUUUUGAAGAGGGAGAGAUAGUCUGGAAAGCAGUUCUGCCCCUUGGAACACAUCUGGCUGGUUAUGGAAAGUGGUCACCUACAUGGGAAGGCCCUUUCAUAAUCAAUCAGAUUCUUGGAAUGGGGGCAUACAGGUUGCAGGAUAGGGAUGGAGAAAUUCAUACUGCCCCAAUCAAUGGCAAAUGGUUAAAAAAGUUUUAUCCAACCAUGUGGGAUUCACAGGCUGUACAAACAGAUCUUGGGAUAGAGACGGGACUACACUAA